GAUUUGAUUUUGGCACAGAGAGAUAUCGAGGGUUUCCACUAGAUAAUACAGCCACAAAGUCAAAAUGUGUUCUAUCGUAAAAAUGAUUGAAAACAAACAUUUUCUUUUUGGUCUUCAUUUACGGUUAAAGUUAGGCAUAAGGUUAGCAGAGUGGUUAAGGUAAGGGUUGAGGUUAGGUUUAAAAAUCUGAUUUUAAGAAGAGAAAUUGUAGAAAUAGGCGGGUUUAUGGCGUUGCGGCUGUGUUAACUAGUGACGACCGAGCCCGAGAGGGAAGGGGGUGGAGUAGUAAAGUUGAGUGGGUAGUGAGACGACGCUAUAAAAGCCAGUGCCGGAGCUGUCUGUGUCAGUAGCACUCGCUGACUGAGGCAGAUACAGCGACAUAGAGAAACAACAACAACAACAACAAUAACAACAAGGAGGAACAGCUUACAGCACGAGUGGACAUAUGUAGCAACCUCCGCUCGCACAGGCACUGCAGUACUGACAAGGACUCAAAGAUUAGAGAAUUGGAAAAAAGAGGCCGACAUCUGAUACAGCAGCUCUUUGGUACAGACACAGAGUUGCAUCAUCCAGGACUUUGGGAGAUUUUGGUAUGGUUAAGAGAACUUUGCUUCACCGUCUUUCCUGAGAAAGAGCAUCUGACAAUAGAGGAGGCACCAGAGAGAGAGAGAGAGAGAACUGUGGGACAAUAGCAUACGAAGGAGCAAAACAACUGCUUUUUCCACCUGCUUUCACACCCAGUGUUCCACACAUGGCUGCUGUCCGUCAGAUGCCCAUGGAGACCCAGGGCUUCCACCACAUGCUACCUGCCCAUCUUCUCUCCUCGACCAUGGAGGAGUUCCCCCAGCAGCUCCCCGUCCCCAAGGGGCACGCCCGUGGCAAGAGCCGCCCCCGCCGGGCCCGCGAGGCCCGCUUCAAGACCCAGCCCGUCACCUUUGCCGAGAUCACCGAGGUGGAGGAGGAGGGCGCCUCACCCCUGGAAGAGGAGAGGGCACGCCGGUCUUUCCUGCAGUCCCUGGAGAACCUUCGCCGGAGCACGCAGGCGCUCUACUGUCCGACGACUGGUCGACGCACGCCCACGGCCACGGCCACACAGCAAAGCCUGGACUCUAGUGACUCUGACUCUGCCCAUUGACGGGCAGGACCUGUGGAGAAGUGUACGCAUCCUGCCUGGCACUGGCACAAGCCCCUUUCCCUUCCAUUUCUGCUUCACACAGGGGCCCAAUGAACUAAACUGAACUGAUAUCCAAGCUAAUCCUGUGCAUAUAGGCCAUUCUCCUUGAAAAUAUGUUUCCACAUACACAUAUAUUAGCAUACCAAUAUAUGUGGCUACGGUAUGCAUGACACAUUUUUGUAAAGAACGCUACCCUGUAAUAUAUAUCACUGGCUGGUUAUAUUGCUAACGCCUCUUAGCUUCUCUAAGUGUAGAAUAUAAGCUAUGAUGCAGUGUUGAAUACACCAUUUCAGAGAUAUUCUUCUUCAGAUAUAUUCCUUUUCUACUGGCGAGGACUUCAGGCCAGGAGGGGCUUUGAACUUGAAAUGUGUUAAAUGUGGAAUGUCUUUUUCCAUCCUUUUUU